GGCCGGACUGUGGCGCUGCGUCGGGCGCUGCCGCUGUGUGCUAGGGCCCGGCUCGGCGUCGGCUGUGCUCGGGGAGCAGACGGCGAGGGGCAGCGGGGACCCCGGGCCCAACAUGGCUGAAGUCAGCAUCGACCAGUCCAAGCUGCCGGGUGUCAAGGAAGUAUGCAGAGAUUUUGCUGUCCUGGAGGACCACACCUUGGCUCACAGUCUGCAGGAACAAGAGAUUGAGCAUCACUUGGCAUCGAACGUUCAGAGGAGCCGUUUGGUCCAGCAUGAUCUGCAGGUCGCUAAGCAGCUCCAAGAGGAAGAUCUGAAAGCCCAGGCUCAGCUCCAGAAGCGCUACAAAGACCUUGAACAGCAAGACUGUGAAAUUGCUCAGGAAAUUCAGGAGAAGCUGACUAUUGAGGCAGAGAGACGACGCAUUCAGGAGAAGAAGGAUGAGGACAUAGCUCGCCUUUUGCAAGAAAAAGAGUUACAGGAAGAGAAAAGGCGAAAGAAACACAUUCCAGAGUUCUCUGGAGCCAAUGAAUAUGGAGAUGGUUACUAUUAUGAAGAUGGAGGAAUGAAGCCACGAGUGAUGAAAGAUGCUAUGUCUACUCCAUCACGAGUAACCCACAGGGAUCAGGAAUGGUAUGAUGCUGAAAUAGCCAGAAAACUGCAAGAAGAAGAACUUCUGGCUACCCAAGUAGACAUGAGAGCAGCUCAGGUCGCCCAGGAUGAAGAAAUUGCUCGACUCCUAAUGGCUGAAGAAAAGAAAGCUUACAAGAAAGCCAGGGAACGGGAAAAAUCAUCUUUGGAAAAAAGAAAGCAUGAUCCGGAAUGGAAGCUAAAAUCGGCUAAAUCAGUGCAUCCAAAGUCAAAAGAGAGUGAUGAACCUCACCGUUCUAAGAAUGACAGGCCAGCACGACCACCACCACCUGCCACGACAGAAGCUGAGGAUACGGAGUAUACUCAUUUUACAAAGCAGCACAGUUCCACCCGUCAUUUCUCAAAAGCAGAGUCCUCUCAUAAAGGUUUCCAUUACAAGCAGUAAAAAAACAGGAAUCUGCCUUGAAAAUGGACUCACUGUAGCAGAUAUUGCUGGAUGAUACAGAAUGCAUUCCACACUUUUUUCCCUCCAUUGUUUGCAGUCCUGGGAUUUAUCUCAGGCUUUUGUCUGACCAUAUUUUUAAUUCAUUUCAAAUGCUUUGGUUACUCCUGAUCACUUGGGCAGUGUAAGAAAAUGUAGCUUCUGACUAAUGGCAACCUCUAUGCUGCAUAUCCUUCCUGGGAUAUAGUAUCCAAGAGCACUGUAAAAUGCCCUUUUGUUAAGUAUGGAAUAUUGGUCUCUAGGGACUAGACUUUGUUUAGCAAUUAGAAUUAUAUGGAGAUGAAUGGGAUAAAGUAAAGUAUGUUUGGAUGCAGUAAGGAUAAAAGAAUGAAGAAGUAGCUUUUUUUUGGUGUAUUAGUUUAUCAUAUUUUGAAGGACAGAGCCUUGGCUUUUUGUACUCAACAGGAAGAGAAUAAAAAAAAAAAAAGUAUGAAAAAAGGAAAUUCACCCAACAGUUGAAGUCUAAAUACCUGGACUGUGGAGGUUUUGGAUAUCCUUACAGGAGUAAAUUGGCCAGAUACUCUGUUGCUUCCUCAGUCCCAAGGCUUUCUGAAGCUGCUGGCCGAUGGACCUUGUGUCAGUUUCUGUGAGAAAAACUUAAUUCUCUGAAAUGUUAGCUCAGCUCCAUGCAAAUUCAACUGAAAAUAUUGUUUCUCUCCUUUCUUUUGUUUUGCUUGUGGAGCCAAAGGAAAUGGAAAGCAAUUGUAUAAGUGAUAAUGCUGUCAGUCUUUCUGACUGUAGAUUGAAGGUUUUAUUCCUGCUUACAAAAACAAAUAUUUGUUGGCAGCCUCUCAGUGUUGUUUUGUUUACCUGUCAAUAAGAUUAAUUCAACAUAAAGUUUGAUUAAGUAAUUCUUUUUCCAAGAUUCUACUUAUUUGUUAAUGACCUUUAUAUUCCUUUGUAUAAGACCUUUAAAGCCUCCCUUCAGGAAAUUUAGUCUUGGUUGUUAACCUCAUAGAAAUGCUUAUUUUCCUAUAUUACUUAGUUAACACAAAUGGUAGCCGAAGUGUGCGUUUGUAUUAACAUAUAUACACUCUCACACACAUGCACAUAUGUAUGUAUAUGUACAUAUAUGCAUAUUUAUACAUUAUACAUAUAUAUAUGUCAGCUUGGCUUAAUAUUCUUUUUCACUGUAUGAAAUUGACAUUUUUGGAAUUUUGACAUAGGGUUUGUUUAGGAAAGAAAUAUAUACAUGGCUAGGAAAAAAAAAAUCUUAAUUUGUUUCCUAGUGAGAACUGCCUUCUCUUUGCCUUAUUUUUUCCAGGUAGUCUUAAAAAUAAGGCAGUGUUCAGGAAGCUGUUUAGGAAUGUUUUUUGGAGUAGAUUUGGAACUGUCAUUUUGAGAAAGAUGUUUGAUUUCAUAUUUUGUAGUAUAGGAGGUUGAAUGAGUGAUGUCAUCUGAGAGUUAAGUUUUGCGCAAAUGAAAACCUAGAAAUAUAAUAAAGGAUAUUGUCAUUUUAAAGAAAUGGAGGAGAGAGUAAAUAAUAGGACUUUGGAUGGCUGUAAUGAAAUUAAUAUAGAAAAAUAGUCAUUUAGAUAGGAAAGUGGAGACAAUGUGGAGGUUCUGGCCUUAAGUCAAAUCCAGAUAGUGAUUUCAAUAGUCAAAAGCUAGACCUUGUUGACUUACACUAAUGCUAUAUUUUUCUUUAUCUGCCCUGUGAUUUUUAUUCAUAUUUUUAAAAGUUUUUUAUGGUAACUUUAAAGAAAAAAAUACAGUAGUAUUUUUAUUUGAUAAUGAGGCAAAUGAACAUCAUCAUUUGCCAUAUUUUUAUUUUAUAAAUGUUUAUUUUUCUAUCAUACAACAAUCAGUUUUAUUUCAAAACUUCUGCAUUUUCUUGCCUCUCAUGUACUUUGUUCAUUCAUAUUUAUUAUUGUAAAAUACUAACAGGAGAUACUCCAUUCAAAAAGAUGUCAGGCCACUUAACCAGACUGUUAGUGUUUUAACUGUCUUAAUGAGUGACCAAAGGUGGUAAUUCCCUUGUGCUAUCCAAUUCAACAUAUGUAUUGAAAAUGUGUUACUUUUUUUAGGUUUUUAAAAAAUUAAAAAUUUUAUCUUUAUUUUAUUUUUUGUAAAGCAGACACUUUUUAAAGAAUAUCAGAGUAAUUAUUUCCCUAUUAAUAAGAAGGUAGAAAUCUAAUUCUACUGAUUAAAUAGUCCUUCUCUUUCAAAUAAUUAUCUUUGAGACAAUAGAAGCAACUGGUAACUGUACUUUAAUGAAUUGCUAGACACUCUUCCCUGUGUUCUCUGUUUUAUACUUUGUCAUUUAAUAUAAAUAUGGAAAUAUUUUGUUCCUGAUUCUGCUGCUAGAACACAUACCAUUUAAUUUUUAGAGUCACAGUGUAUUAUGCUUUAAUAUUGUGAUAUAAACUAAUGCUUCUGGCCUUGGAAAAGCCUCCAUUAAUAGCAGUAUUGCCGAAUGAGCACAAUGUGUUACGGAGAUGUAUCGAAGACUACUUACAUGUAUGUCUUCUUUCCUCCACCUAACUUUUUGCAAAGUAUUGCCUGGAAGGGAGGUUAUAGAGUCAGGCUAAAGGUCCUAACUUAAAAAAACAAACAAAACCCUUGACUAGUGUUCAAACCACUGUUAGACCCAGUUAUUUUUCAGGAGACUGGACAUAUGGUUUGCCUGCUUUAAAGGAGGAUUAGACAAUGACUUUGCAUACCGUUUAUUACUGCUUCUCAAGUGACUUCACAACAACCAGCAGCAUACUGAUGAACUGCAAAAAGUGCCAUAUGGUUUUUGAUCAUAGAGAAACAUCUAAAUUAGAAAAGAGCUGAAUAGAUGCUCCUAGGAGGAAAAAUUCAAAAUGACAAUGGACACUUGGAUCCAGGUCAACAUAUUGUACGUUCGGUCUUGGGCUCCAUUGAACUCACUCUAAAAAACCACAAGCCUGACUCAUUUCCCUCUUUUCAUCUCUGCUGUGACUUGAAACUGAACUGAAUGAUGAAUACAUUCUUUUCUGAUAGUCGUCUAUUCCUUUUCCUUAAAGCCAGAAUAUUUCAUUAUAAAAGUGAAGAGCUUUUAACUGAUAAUUAUUUUUAUUAAGUAUGAUUGAGUCUUCUCCAAACUUGUGUUGUGCCAAAUUGGAAAUAACCUAAUUAUAACAUGGUGCAUUCAGUAUACCACACAAGUGGUUAACAUUUUACAGCCUUGAUUUUCAAUAUCUGUGGCCAUUGUAUAAAAAUCAUUUUGGUCAAUGGAUAUCAAAAUGAUUCAUUAUUUAGUGAUGAUUCUGUUGAAAGACAACUGUAGUGAUUGACUAUAAAACUUUGUACCCUAGUAAAAACUAGCAGCUUUCUGAAGGGCAGAGAACUGAAUAUAGCUUGCAGUUAAAGGCGUUUUCCCCUCUUCCGUUUUUGAAAGACAGUAUUAGUGUAGGAAGCAUUAACAUUGUAAGGGAAUGCUGGUCAGGUCAAUUUCACUGUAUAUACUGUGCCAUAGUCUGAUAAUUUAGGCUUUUUAGAAACAAUUAUAAAUCAUACCUGAUUGAUCAGCAAAAGUGAAAAGAUUUGUAAGGAUGUACUUUGUCCAUUGUUACUCAUAUUCAGAGAAAUCGCUGUAUGAAAUGGUCCUAUUUUCUCCUCAUAUCUCGUGGUGCCUGUGUGUCUUAAGAAGCCAUAUCUGCUUAUCUUACUGUUGAUAGAAAGCUCUUUUCUUCUUAGCCCAUGAUAGGCAAUAUGGGCCACGAGAAGCAAACUUGGUACUUUCCUGUAAAUGCUGCAAGGGGCACCAUGUUAUCUAAGCUCUUGGUGGAAGAAUCUCUUUUGUCCUGUGGUAUGUGAUACUGUUAAAGGAAAGAGUCGGAGUUGUUGUUGCUCCUGGCAUUUAACAACUGUAAUUAGAAAUGCUGAAAUUUACUUGUAGAAAAGUCAAGAAGGAGAUGAUAAACUGGGAAAAUGUCAUUGUCACAGAGUCCCAUUCCUGUUGAGACCUGCACUUUAUGCUAACACUGUCUAUAGGGAGUAGUAUUGCCUUAAGUUAAUCUGUCUCCAACCCAGGUCAGUGUACUUCGCUUCCUGUGUGUCAAUUGCCAUCAAGUCUCCAUUGAGAUGUAACAUUCAUAGAUGAUUCACAAGCGUCCUUGUCAUCAGUAGCUUUGAAUCUCCUCUCCCCUGAGCUGUUCCUGACAUGUAACACUGUUGGAUACAUUAUUCGACCUUGUUUGUCAAUCUCUGAAUGAGCAGUGACAUGACAAAAAAAUUUCCUGGUUGUGUAUAUCUUUCACACCAGUUGAUCACUUUCUGAAUAAUUGAGAGUUGACCGUCCUCCUUUUCUAUGGUGACUAUUCCAAAGGUUCUUUUGUACAGUGAAGAUGGUCAUAUUAUCUAUUUAUAAGAAGUUCUCCAAUACUCUGUUUAUUGAAAUGCUUACCAUUAACAGCAAAAGGGAGAAAACCAAAGCAGAGACAUUUAGUGGAAAUGAGACAUUUGCUGAUAUGAAGAGUGUGUCUAUUUUAAGAGGAAAUUGGGAAAACUUUUGCUAUGGUAGGGAAGACACCGGCAUGUUUUUUAAAGGUUCUAUUAAAUGCUAUAAAGUAACAUGAUCAUAUGACUAGUGAUGUUGAUUUGUGGAAUUAUCUGACUGUAAAAUCCAUUCUGUUUCUAUUAAUGUGUGUGUGAACACUGCUUACUAACAUGUUCCUGAUGGAUUUAAUAUGCUUUUCUCUGCAAAAGAAAUAUGUGUAUUCUCUGCAAACUAGAAUAUGUUUUUCUCUUUUUGAGUGACUUUGAGAACAUAGGAAAUCAGCACUGUACUAAACUGGUUUCAGCAUUUCAGAUGAGAGCAGAAUUAAUUACCUGACUCACUCUGCCCCAUGGUUCAUUGCUGAGGUUCACGUAAAGAGCAAAAGAAGUGAAAGACAGGGUUUGAGUAACAUUUCCUUCACAAAAGAUCAAAGAUUAGGAACAAUGGAAAGAAGAUAAUUGAGAGGAGAAACCAUGUCCGGUCAUAUACUUAAGAUAUCAUUUUAUUGCACUGGAUUUCAGACCAUAAUUGCUAAAACAGUUUCUAGUUGUUAAAUUUGGUGAGAGAGGUUUUGACGUCAGAAUUUUUGUACUUAUGAUUAAAUUAUCCCCUGAAAUCCCCAUAGGCUGUAACUUCAGCUCCUACUAUAAACUUGAAAGUCAAAUUCCCUUUCUCAGAAAUAACGAUAUUUUUCACCUGCCUUGUACUGAUAGCCUAGUAUUCAUUUCAUGAAGUGUUGUAAAUAAUGAGAACAGUGGGGAGAUAGAGUAUAAAAAUGAUGUUCCAAAAUGAGAAUUCUCUGUAAUGGAAUUUCCCCUAACAAGAAUCCAUCCCAGCACUAUACUUAUAUUCUGGAAAGGUGCUGAAUUAAAAAUCACAGAAGUUUGCUCAUAUAAAUCAAGUUGCUCAGGAAAUUUGAGGUGAUGCUAUUAUUUAUCUUACAGUUUGGGAAAGUAGUCUCUUGAGGCAGACUAAAAAAAUUCAGGCACUUUCAGAUUUUUUGGAGCCCCUCUGAAAAUUUGGAAUAUGGAUAUGCUUAUAAAGAGAAGUGAAUAUCCCAAGUGCUUAUGAAUUUAUAGCCAACCCCAAAGGCAGCUUUGAAAGAACUAUCUCAUGGGAACUAAGAUAAACUUGAUGGAGAAUAGUUGCCUGUCUGAGGGCAAAAAACAGGUCACUUUGAACCACAUGCCUAAUUAGAGAUUAAAUGAAACUGUGAGGGACAUUUUGUGGGUGCCUUAAAGGUGACUGGUGGUGGGUACUGGUAUAUGCACCCAUCUGGACUAGACUGAGGGAAACAGUCUAUUUCAAUUCACCUUCAUACAGCACAAGUUGUUCCUGCUUAUCACCUCCCUGAGGAAAAUGAGUAACAUGGUGCUGGUGAUUUCCAUGUGUCUUGAGAGGUAGAGCAGGUCAGCUUCAUCUAAGGCACUCUCCGGUGCUCAAGCCUCCCUUAAAUGCCAACUGUACAUCCGCAUUAAUUCAUCUAUGCAAGCUUGUGUUUUCAUGAUUUGUUUUUACACAAGGUGUCCCAUUUGGUUCUUUAAACAUCAGGUUUAAUACAGAUAUUAUGAAUAAUUUUUAAACCAAAGUAUUGUAUAAGUCUCUGUGCUUUGUUCUCCUGGAUGGUUUAACUGAGGUAAACACCAAUCUUGUCUUUCUCUCUUAAUAAAGUCAUCAUUUGUUAAGUCAGUGA